AUGCCUAAUGUAUCUAGAGCAAAAAACUUGCCUUCAUCUCAACCCCCUUUCAGAAACCUUGUCACCAUCGAAGAAACCCUUCAAACCUCACCAUCACGAAGAAACCCUCUCACUCACCACUCACCGUCGCUCCUCUUCACCCUCCUCCUUGUCGCUGCGCCGCCCUCACCAUCGUCAUCUCUGCGCUUCUCAUCGUCCUUCCCCUUUCAAUUCGAUCGAGUAACCCUCAUUUCUGCGCUAUAUACUGAGCUUAAUGAAUAUUUUUUCUUUGAUUUGUCACCAAUUCACGCUACCUGCACAAACUCGCGCGCCUUCUCCUUCGAUUCGUCGCCGCUGCUCAUCUCUUCUUCAAGGGUUUUCACCUUCGAUUCGUCGUCGCUCAUCUCUUCUUCACCGUUGCGAUUCAUCACCGCGCUCACCAAUGUCAAAGAAACUGUGUCCUCUCUAGCAACCUCUUCUCUGCUCUGCUGUGAAGCAUCAAGGUUUCCAAUGAGGCAAAGCAUCGAUCCCUUACAAGCAAGCAAGUUCUCUGACGAGCGGAUAUCUCGGAGAUCUGAAAUAAAUUACUUGGGCAAAAAAACUCAAACGUUGUUGACAAGUACUGCACAUAUUCAUUUGAAGCAUAUUGAUUUUCCAAACACGCCAAGAACCUUUCUCUAGCAAGGUGAGCUAUUUUGCUAUCUGGUUCUGGAGGUACAUUAAAUUCAAAUAAUUAAUCUUGUCCUAAAAAUAAAGAUGGCUGUUUUGCUAACUACUUUUAAAUUGAAUUUUUGAAGAACUAUACCAGCAAAUGCUUGAAAGAAUGAAAGAAAGAAAGCAAUUAUUGGUUAUGAAAUUCUUGAAUAAUAUACAAUUAAUAGCUUAGAAGUUAGGUGAAGAUAAUUACAAUCUCACAAGAUGUAUAAAAUAAUGAGUCAAUCUUAUGUAUUCUAUACUCAAAUGAAAUCUUUAUCAUUUAUUUUAUUAUAUAUCUUGUGUUCUUA